GUAGCCAUUUUGGCUCAAGCCGUUUGUAUCGAGCUCCCACAGCUCGGGCAGGCAGGCUUUCGGGGAGGCAGAUCGCCUGGUGACUCCCGGACGAAGACAGCCAGCAGAGCCGUACGAAGAUGGCGGCCGUGGAAGCCAAGUGGGAUGUGAAGCAGAUGGAGUCAGGAGACAAGGCGUGGUCGCAGCGGACCGGCCCAGAGAAGGUCCUUUUCGUGAUCAUCCAGGUGUUGAAGGUGGUGAUGGCGGUGGGGCUUCUCUACAUCUUCCUCAUCUCCCUGAGCAUGAUGGGCAACGCGUUCAAGGUCAUCGGAGGCCCCACCGCUGGGAAAGUCUUCCGGAACAACGCCAUCUUCGACAACCCGUUCGCGGGCUGCUCCCUCGGGAUCCUGGCGACGGUGCUAGUGCAGUCCUCGUCGACCAGUACCUCCAUCAUCAUCACGAUGACUGCGGCAGGCCUGAUCGAUCCCAAGAACGCCAUUUACAUGAUCAUGGGGGCGAACAUCGGCACAUCUGUCACCAAUACAAUAGUCAGCAUGUCCCACAUGGGCGACGUGGACCAGUACCGCCGGGCGUUCGCGGGCGCAACGGUGCACGACUGCUUCAAUCUGUUGACAGUGACCAUCCUGCUCCCGCUCGAGUACUUCACUCACAUGCUCUACCACAUUGGCAGCGCCCUCGUCGAGUCCGCUGGCAUCGAGGAGGACCAGGAAAAGCAGGAGAAGGUCGACUUCAUCAAGAAGCUCACGAAGCCGGUCACCUCUCGCCUGAUCUCUGUGGACAAGAAGCUGGUGACCAAGGUCGCGCAGGCGGACGACCAGGAGACGCUGGACGGCCUGCUGGCACAGUCGAUCAUCCAGAACAAGCGCACCCUUGACAACCAUAUGUUCCUGGACACCCCCCUGAGCGACGAGGGGGCUGGGUGGCUGCUGCUGGUCAUCUCCCUGGUGAUGCUGUCCACCACGCUUAUCCUCCUGGUCAAGCUGCUGCAGACGAUCUUCCGGGGCCGCGCCGCGAUUUGGAUGCAGGGGUUGCUGAACCUGGAGUUCAAGACGGUGCCCUUUGUGGCCGACUACAUCCUCAUCCUCUUCGGUGUGGGCAUCACCAUCCUCAUGCAGAGCAGCAGCAUAACAACCUCGACGCUGACGCCGCUCGUCGGAAUCGGGCUCAUCAAGCUCGACAAGAUGUUCCCGUUCACCGUCGGCGCGAACGUGGGCACCACCGUCACGGGCAUGCUGUCUGCGCUGGCGGGCUCGAACGUCGCGACCGGCAUGACGGUGGCGUUUGCGCACCUGUUCUUCAACCUCAUCGGAGCGCUCAUCUGGUUCCCGAUCCCUGCCAUGCGCGCCGUGCCGCUCACCAUGGCCAGGGCACUGGGUAGCGUGGCCGCCGACCUGCGCUGGUUCCCUGUCGCCUACAUCUUCGUCGUCUUCGGGAUCAUUCCGGGCCUGCUGCUGGGGCUGUCCCUGAUGCAUUGGGCGGCGCUCGUGUUCGUGGGCCUUCCGAUCCUGCUCCUGCUGAUCGCUGGCUCUUGCGUCUUCGGCAUGCGCGCCUACCACCCGGAGCGGCUGCCUGCGGUGCUCAAGAAGGACUUCUCGUUCAUGCCGCCCAGCAUGAAGAUGGCCACCGCGGACGGCGAGGGUCAGUCCGCCGCGGUGGAGGAGUCGAACAUCGGCAGUACCGACAUCGGUGGCGCGAGGCAGUGGUGGCUGGCGCCCUGUGCCUACGGGCUCGGCUGGUACUCGAUCCUGGUAAUGCUGAUGGCGGUGCCGAACGCCAAGUGGUCCGACAUGAAGUACGCGUCCUUCGACGCCCGGGACCACGUCGGCAUCGGCGCCUGGAGCGCGUGCUCCGCCAUGUUCGCGGAGGAGGUGGGCUGGGCUCCGAGCCCUCUCACGGGCGCGGACCUCGAUGCGCACCUCGCGACGUGCAUGGCUGACCUCAGCUCCGCCUGCGCCGACCAGAGCGACUUCUCCACCGUCCUGGGCGCCAACACCGUCUACGAGGAGUCGUGGCAGGGGUGCACGGACGCCACGACGGGGGACUGGCUGAGUGAGUGCGAGGCGCUGACUGGGUGCGGCGACCUGCACGCGACGCAGUGCGCCAACGUGUCCGCCGCGGUCUCCCGAACGUACACCAUCGACUACAGCCAGUCUGGCACCAAGUGGGCCGCGGCCCCAGCGUCGUCCUGCAGCGCGGACGCCUUGCCGAAGGCCUGUUGCAUCCCGCUCGGCGACCUCUGCACGGACGUCGGCGGCCUCACGGCCGCGGGCGGCCUGAGCGUGGCCGGGAUCGUCUUCUCCAUUUUGGGGAUGGCGGCGAUGCUCGCCUACCUCGCCAGGGGGGACAAGCGGGACAUGCGCAAGGUACUCUGGGGCACCGCCGCCGCCUUCGGCGUGGCUUGGGUCCUCUUGCUCGCUGCGUGGACCAUCGGCCUGAGCGCGCUGGGGCAGGAGACGACGUGCUGGGUCCAGGACGACCAGAACGACGGCAUCGUGGCGGCCAAGGGCAAGCUCGGGGACAUCGGGAACGGCGUCGGCUACGGGCUCGGCUACAUCAUCGGGGGCUGGGUCCUGCUCAACCCGAUCCUCGCGAUCACGGCGCUCCGCAUCGUGGCCGACGUGAAGGCCGGCCCCCCGCAGAAGGAAGAGGCGAGCGAGGACGAUGCGGCCAAGGUCUCGACCAUCUGAGCACGUGACGGCGCGGAUGAUCCGUCGUGCGAUCCCGCCUCCACCAGCCCGCGCCUCUCUCUCUCUCUCUCUCUCUCUCUCUUCUCUCUGGAGGAGUUGCCCUACUUCCAGCCCCCAUGUUCACGCCCUGCCUGCUGUGCCAGGGAUUUUUGCACCCAGGAUGUCCGCAGGAUGUCUCAAUAGAUGCUGUCUUCUCAAGUCUCGAAAUUUGUCGUAACACUCAGCGCCCUCGCGCUGCCCCCCCGGACACCGCGGGGGGGCGCUCGCGUGCCAUUUUUGCACCCGCAGCGCGACAGCGUCGCUCGCAGCCGCCCAGGCUAGGGAUGGAGGGGCUCCCCCGCAUCUGCAGGCCACGAGCCCGGAUCCUGGGGCGGAGCGGCGCUUGCACAAUACGGCAAUCGCUCGCCAUUCGAGACAAUGCAGUGACAAUACGACAAUACAAUGCACAAUACGACGGUCGCUUGUACAAUACGACGAUACAGUGGCGCUGUCGUAAUGAUGCGGGAGGCUUGGCCUGGUGCCGCACCCUCACACCGUGGCCGCCAAGCCAUGUCUCUCCAGCGCAAGUGCUUCAGUUUCGUGCUCGCGUUCGCCGUGCGCCCAAGCGGCUGCGAUUCGCAAUGAUCGAGCAAGUCAGGUAUCCGCCUCGCGCCUGGCCUCGCGCGCCCCUCAAGUUCCCGGGAGGCUGGAGAGGCCGGAGGCGGCGGUCGCGCCAGCGCCGGGCCGAGCCAUGGCAUUUGCGGGUGGGCGCGCGCCCGGAUGGACGCCGCCAACUCCUCUUGGGAGGUGCGUGGGAGGUGUCGCCGUCCGGUGUGGGCAAGUCCAAGAGCGUGUUGAUGUAUGGGCUGAUUGAUAAUCGGAAUGCCAACGGGUAGCUGAAGGCACGCCUGGAGGGAACGCAUUGAGGCCGAUGCAGGGGCUAUUUAUGUUGUUUUGGAUUCUCCACCAGGUCGUAGUAAUGAAAAUCUGCAAGUUCGUAUGCGGUAUGGAUUGCGCAAGGCAGCAGUCCGC